CAGGAUGGGUGAUGCUGAGCGUUGCCUGCUCAGACAACAGACACGCGAGGUCAGGAAGAAGCCGCUUAUAAAUUACCGCUUCCUCCGCUCCGCCACCAGCGCGGAGCUUCGGGCCCUAAUCGCAGCCCCACUCGCUUGCCGUCGCCGAGCCCCGAGAACCGUGAACCCAGAAACCCAGCCACGCCGAGAAGGAGCGCGGAGCGCGGACCCCGCGGACCAGAGAUCCAGCGGGCGUGCAGCUCCCGGCGAGUGGAAGCUAGCGCGGCCGAGCGCAGUCCCGCGGCCGCUCCAGGUACCCGAGGGAGAGGGAGCACGGCGCACGGAGCUUCUGCCCCGUCUCCGCGCUUCAGCCAGCCCCGACCUCCUACCGCCCAGUGCCCCCCAUUCCGGCGCCCCUUUCACCACCGAGGGAGGGACGGAGGGUCGCCGGCUCAGACCUGCUGGAGAGGCCGUUAUUGUUUCCCCGGCGAAAGGGCUCGGACUUCUCGUGCAGGCGGCAGGUCCAGAACAACAGCCCUUCCUGAGGAGCCUCCAAACUACCUUGGGCAUGAAGGUGACCCCAUGUCCCCUGAAGUGGGCCUGGGCCAGCCGUGCAGCAGGUGCUCAGCCAACGUGGGACAGUUGGGGCUUUUCCUCCUGACCAGCUCCAGACAACAAGGAGGAGAUGGCCACCAAGGAGAAGCUGCAGUGUCUGAAAGACUUCCACAAGGACAUCCUGAAGCCAUCGCCAGGGAAGAGCCCAGGCACACGGCCUGAGGAUGAGGCUGAGGGAAAGCCCCCGCAGAGAGAGAAGUGGUCCAGCAAGAUCGACUUUCUGCUCUCCGUGGCUGGUGGCUUCGUCGGCUUGGGCAACGUCUGGCGUUUUCCAUACCUCUGCUACAAAAAUGGUGGAGGUGCAUUUCUCAUACCAUAUUUUAUUUUCCUGUUUGGGGGCGGCCUGCCUGUGUUUUUCCUGGAGGUAAUCAUAGGCCAGUACACCUCUGAAGGGGGCAUCACCUGCUGGGAAAAGAUCUGCCCCUUGUUCUCCGGCAUCGGCUAUGCCUCCAUCGUGAUUGUUUCCCUCUUGAACGUGUACUACAUCAUCAUCCUGGCCUGGGCCACAUACUACCUGUUCCAGUCCUUUCAGUCGGAGCUACCCUGGGCACACUGCAACCACACCUGGAACACACACCAUUGUAUGGAGGACACUAUGCGCAAGAACAAGAGCCUGUGGAUGAGCCUCAACACCAGCAACUUCACGUCCCCUGUCACCGAGUUCUGGGAGCGCAACGUGCUGAACUUGUCUUCUGGAAUUGACAACCCCGGCUCGCUGAAGUGGGACCUUGCUCUCUGCCUCCUUUUCGUCUGGCUGGUCUGUUUCUUCUGCAUCUGGAAGGGCGUCAAGUCCACAGGGAAAGUCGUCUACUUCACGGCCACUUUCCCGUUUGCUAUGCUCCUGGUGCUGCUGGUUCGUGGACUGACGCUGCCUGGUGCAGGCGCAGGCAUCAAGUUCUAUCUGUACCCUAACAUCACCCGCCUCGAGGACCCACAGGUAUGGAUCGAUGCUGGGACCCAGAUAUUCUUCUCCUAUGCCAUCUGCCUGGGGGCCAUGACCUCGCUGGGGAGCUACAACAAGUACAAGUACAACUCGUACAGGGACUGUAUGCUGCUGGGAUGCCUGAACAGUGGUACCAGUUUUGUGUCUGGCUUCGCAAUUUUUUCCAUCCUGGGCUUCAUGGCACAAGAGCAAGGGGUGGACAUUGCUGAUGUGGCUGAGUCAGGUCCUGGCCUGGCCUUCAUUGCCUACCCAAAAGCUGUGACAAUGAUGCCGCUGCCCACGUUUUGGUCCAUUCUUUUUUUUAUUAUGCUUCUCUUGCUUGGACUGGAUAGCCAGUUUGUUGAAGUCGAAGGACAGAUCACGUCCUUGGUUGAUCUUUACCCGUCCUUCCUAAGGAAGGGUUUCCGUCGGGAAAUCUUCAUCGCCUUGAUAUGUAGCAUUAGCUACCUGCUCGGGCUGACGAUGGUGACGGAGGGUGGCAUGUAUGUGUUUCAACUCUUUGACUACUAUGCAGCUAGCGGUGUAUGCCUUUUGUGGGUUGCAUUCUUUGAAUGUUUUGUUAUUGCCUGGAUAUAUGGCAGCGAUAACUUUUAUGACGGUAUUGAAGACAUGAUCGGCUAUCGGCCGGGGCCCUGGAUGAAGUACAGCUGGGCCGUGGUCACUCCAGUUCUCUGUGUUGGAUGUUUCAUCUUCUCUCUCGUCAAGUACGUACCCCUGACCUACAACAAAGUGUACGUGUACCCCACCUGGGCCAUCGGGCUGGGCUGGAGCCUGGCCCUGUCCUCCAUGGUGUGUGUCCCCUUGGUCAUGGUCAUCCGCCUCUGCCAGACGGAAGGGCCGUUCCUCGUGAGACUCAAGUACCUGCUGACCCCGAGGGAACCCAACCGCUGGGCUGUGGAGCGAGAGGGGGCCACACCCUACAGCUCCCACCUGGCCAUGAAUGGCGCUCUCAUGAAACCGACCCACAUCAUAGUGGAGACUAUGAUGUGAGCUCUCUCGGGUUGACGGGGCUGCUUUCCUGCUGUUUACUAACAUUAGAUUCUCAUAGGACCAGGUUUACAGAGCUUUAUAUUUGCACUAGGAUUUUUUUUUUUAAUUGUCACAGAAAAUAUUACUGUGUGUGCGUGUGUGUGUGUGCGUGUGUGUGUGUGGUGUCGUGUGUAUGUGUAUUUUGUUUUGAUUUGGGGAUAUUUUGUAAAAAAAAAAGAAAACCCAUGGGCAGAAAGUCCAGGGCGAGGCAGAGCUUUCAUACUGAAUUAGAUGUAUUUUAUGGGAACUUGGUAAAUUUUUCUUUGUAUUUUUUUUAACAUAUAACUAUAUAUACACUUAGAGAUUGUCAUACACUUUUACCACUUGAAUUGAUCUUCUUGCCAGCAAUAGAUCUCGUUUUCAAAAGCAAUUCUUCGGUGCUUGUGUAGCUGGCAGAAAGUUCUGCCCCAAAAAAACACAGGGUGGAAUUUUCCUGGGACAGCAGACCCAUUUUACAGGUGAAGUACCUCCCAAACCUGGUUCAAGUAGAAGCAAAAAGCAGGGAGAGGGCCUCACCCACUGGCCAGACCCAGAGGGGCUAGAGAGAGGAGGGCUGUGAGGAAACGCCUCAUUAUAUUUGUUUUAGCCAAGAAGAGAGAUGCCAAAAUAAUGAACCAGUCCUCAGAUCAAGGCCCUGACUUAAAGCUGACAGGUGAGCCCUACAGCAAAAGUCUGAUUCUAAGAGCAGUAGAAGCCAUUCCACUAGGAACAAAAUCCCACCUUUUAUUCUGAGAUCAAGGACGGAUUGUCAGAUGGACUGUCAGAACCAUUCAGCAUAGGGCUGGUGAGGAUGGGGCUCAGGCGUUCAGGAGUCCUUGUGAAGCCGACUGCUCAGCCGCUGUCCUUCCUGGGAUGUCCCAGGUAGAGGCCUGAUGCCAGCCCAGCAGGAGGAGCUGGCCGUCUCAGGGCUCUGAUCCUCACACAGAUGGGUCUGUCGCAUUUCUGUGGGGUCCUAUCAGGUUUUGGUCAUUCCCCAGCGGACAUCUCUCAAAGCUGCCUGUAGGAGGGAAGCACCACGUAUUUGGUGAGGGACAAGGGGUGAGCGAGUGGACCAAAGGAUGUGGGCCCCAGGGUUCAGGGGGCCCGGUGUCGGGAAGGGGUGCUUUUUUCCCCUUGUCUCUUUACCCUCAUCUCCCAGAGGCUGGAAAACCCCUGACGAGCUCGUGUUGAAGAUCCCAGCCCAGGGCCAGCCUGGCUCCUCGCAGGGAGUGCCAAGAGCAUCUUUGGAGGUUCACUGAAUCUUUGAAUCGUGUGAAAUGCUCCCAAACCUCGCCUCCCAGUUCAGUUGCAAGUGCAGAGUGAACCACCCUUGGUAGCCCCUGGGAGACAAUACAACUCUUCAUUUCACAACCCCUGCAACAGCUGGUGUCAGAUACGCACUAAGUGGAAACUGAGGAGAGGCAGUGAGGGAAGUUGGGGUUGUUCAGGGGGCUGGCACCCCAGAACUGGCUCGACCAAGAGCCUUAUGUACAGUGGCAUCCUCUGAACCAGGAGAGAAGGUACUCCACCUUUAAAAUCCCGAGUAUGGACACACCUCCACCUAGCUCCCUGUCCACCCAGCUCCCGUUUGGACCUAAACUGUGCCAUUUAAACAGUCCCUUCCAAGUUCAGAGUCUAAACUAAACUGCAACAUUGUCACGAACAGCAGUUACUGCCUCUAGUGAUGUGGAGAGUAAAGUCCAGCUCAGGUUUUCAGAGAGGGGACUCUCUGAAUCCUGGAACUCGCCUCCCCAAAUUCGGGAGGGGGAGGAGCCUUUGGUGUCCCCCUCCGAAGGGGCAGAGGCAGUUCUGAACCUCUUGUCUUUGGCAAGCUUUCAUAUUUCGCUGUUUCCAAAGCAUAUACUCUGCCAAACAACACCUAUUCCAAACUGUUCACAGUUCUAACGUGUUCUGUUUUUCUAUGUAUUUAUGGUUGCCGCAGUGUCUGGUUUGAUUUUAUUAUGUUUUUUCCCCCCUAAUUUUACUGAGUAGCAAUGUGACCUGUUUUCCUCUGUCUUAUGGAACUUUAGUAAACUAACCACUGUCAGCGACUGGGGACAGGUGACGUGUGGGAGCGAGGGGGCCUUGGUGAGCUGUGGCUAUCUGGGCAUCUGUGGCCAUUUCAGGCGACAUCUCCCCUCCAGGGCUCGGGCCCCAAGUGAAAGGCCACAGGAUGGCAGACAAAUUGCAACAUUCUGGAAAUGGCCCGAGGAAGGCCUCUUAUCUGAUUCCCAGACCAAAUUCUAGACCAAAGACACAUGCAGACCAAGUCCCCAGGUCCCACCUAGAAGGAAGGUCAGCCACUUGCCCCAAGCCCAUUCCUCAACAGUCUCCCCGGCACCUGUCUCCAAUUUCGACCCUAGUUCUCAUGUAUCCUCAGAACUUGGCUCUAUGAGUACAACGUGUAAUGAUGUGUGACUUUUAUAUAUCUCCACAUAAAGGAAACUUGUCAUUGGCAUUCAUGACUCUGGUCCACCUGUCUCUCUGCCUGGGAUGGGUCGGAAAUGUUGAUGUCUGCCCAUAGUCUGGUCAGUCAGAUCUAGAAGGGAUGCGAGGGAGCUGUUUGAAGAAUUGUUUUAGAAGUGGGUGAGGGCCCCAGUAUAAAUCUCACCUAGCGAGAAGCUUCACUGAGCUGGGCCAUGUUAAUCCCUGCAGGGGAGCCACACGGUCAGUGAUGGAGAGGGUGCUGGGGCCUCCCAGUUGACACCCUUGUAAAAUGGGGAAACUGAAGACUGGAGCAGGGGAGGGACUUUGGUACAGCGAGCUGAGACUGGAACCAGACUGUCUGCAGUCAGUUCCGGCUUCCGAUCCUCUGAUGUGUAUGCGGCGAGUGGCGAGUGCAGCUCCCCACUGUUCUCCCUGAAGACCAAAGAUGAGCCUUUAGGAAAAAGGAAAUGCUCCAUCCCCAGCGUUUAGGGACCAGGUGAGCAGCACCCACCACCCCCUGGCCAUCCUCAGGGGCCAGCUGGACCCCAAGCUGUGGCUCACCUAUUCACCCUGUUCACCUUGCCCCUGCACCCAGCAGCCCUCUGUGAGUUAAGCAUUAAGAUCCCUAUGGCACAUUUGGAAACUGAGGCCCAAAGAAGCCUGAUGGUGUAUAAGAGGCAGGACCCUUAGGCAGGAUUCAGCCUGAGGCCACGUGGGAUAUUCCCAGGCAGCCUUGCAUUCUGAUUUCCAGGCAGCAUGCAGCACCCUCUCUGUACCUCUGGUCCCUCUUUCACACCCCCAGAGACUGUGGUGAAGCACAAAGGGUUAGCCCUUCUCAGCCUAGCACAGGGCAUUCUUGUGUCACCAAGUGCCACAGCACAGUGGCCAGUGGCCCAGCCAGCAUCUCUCAACACUGCCCCCCUGGAAUGGGGAAUGCUCUGGGCAGCCAGUGCUGAAGGCAGAGGUGCCUCCUUUCCCCCAAACCUCAGACACAGGCCAGGAAAGGACCCCAGAGGCGGCUACAGGGCCCAUCUAGCCCUCAGAUCCAAGGUCAGGCGUCCCCAAGCUAGGCUGACAUGGAUGCUGUAAAUACCACUGUGCAAAAAUGCAACAAGCACAAAGUCACAAAACAAAAACCCAGAUAUCAAAAUUGGAGAGGAAUAUGGGUCCCUCCCUCUCUCAAUGCCUGGCCCUCAGAAUGCAUCUUGUUUUAAUAGGAAGCUGUUUCGUUGUUCUCUUGUGGGUGUCACUACACACAUGUUCUGACGAGGUCCCUGAGGGGUGGAGCAUCUUGUGAUACAUUUGGCUUCAAACUGAGAUGUUUGCUCCAUUUUUUUUUUUUUUACCCAAUUAAUUU